AUGGAGUCCAUACAGCGCCGAGUGGAGUCGUGGAUCAGCGACCAGAGAGCAAAGAUCUUGAAGGUUUCGUGGGGUCCGCUUCACUGGAGGAUGAAGUGGCCGCCAUGGAUUAACGACGACAGAGAGCAGAGGAAGAAGAUUCAUCAGGAGUACGAGUUUCGGAAGCGCCAGCUCCACGAUCUCUGCCUCGCCGUGAAGGCCGACUCCAUCUCCGACUUGCAGGACAUCCUCUGUUGCAUGGUUCUCGCCGAGUGCGUCUACAAGAGACCUGCUACUGAACUGGUUCGAGCUGUAAAUAAAUUUAAGGCUGACUUUGGAGGACAAGUUGUUUCUCUGGAACGUGUCCAACCCUCUUCAGACCACGUUCCACAUAGGUACCUGUUAGCUGAAGCAGGUGACACCUUGUUUGCUUCCUUCAUUGGUACAAAACAAUACAAGGAUGUGGUAGCCGAUGUGAACAUCUUUCAAGGUGCCAUAUUUCAAGAGGAUGCUACACAGGAUACUGCUUCAAUAGUGACUGCUGAUUUUGGUAAAGUUGAACGUCCAAAGGCUAGUGGAGAACAUGACAAAAUUGCAGUUGAGUCAAAAUCCAGGCAGCAAAAAGAUCAGCCUAAGCCUGCUGCACAUAGGGGAUUCUUGGCUCGUGCUAAGGGGAUACCUGCUUUAGAGCUAUACAAGCUAGCUCAAAAGAAGAAUCGAAAGCUUGUUUUAUGUGGACAUUCACUUGGUGGAGCUGUAGCAGCCCUAGCUACCCUUGCUAUUCUUAGAGUCAUUGCUGCCUCUUCACCAUCAAAAGAGCAUGAGAAAGUUCAGGUUAAAUGCAUAACAUUUUCCCAACCCCCAGUUGGCAAUGCUGCUUUAAGAGAUUAUGUACAUGAAAAGGGUUGGCAGCACCAUUUCAAGACUUACUGCAUUCCUGAAGAUAUAGUGCCUCGUUUCCUCUCUCCUGCUUACUUUCAUCAUUACAAUGCACAGACUUCAUCAAGGCGUUCUGAGAUCGAUGCUACUGGUCAACCUGUUAUGAAAGAAGAAGAAGGAGUAGAAAAAUCAAAGGAAAACAAGCAGAAAGAUAGGAAGGGGGAGCAACUGGUUAUCGGGCUAGGCCCUGUGCAGACUUCCUUUUGGAGACUUUCUAGGCUUGUUCCUUUAGAGGGUAUAAGAAGGCAAUUCAAUAAGUACACAGGAAAGCCAGUUGAUACCGAAGAGAGAUCGGCAGCCUCUACUUCAACUUUGACCCCCUCAAUUGAGGAUGUAAUAGAUGAACCACAAUCUCUUGAAAUCCAAGAGGGUUCUGAUGGUAUAUCACUUAAACCAUUAUCUGAGGUUAACAAUGGGAAACAAGAUGAAGCUGUGGCUGAUAACUUAUCUGAGAAGGCUGACAGAAAAAAUGGAGGCAGGAGGAGCUGGCAGAGAGUACCUUAUUUACCUUCAUAUGUUCCGUUUGGUGAGCUAUAUCUCCUGGAAAAUUCGUCAGUGGAAUUGCUAUCAGGUGCAGAAUACUCAAAAUUGACGUCGGUUGGAUCUGUGUUUGCUGAACUAAAGGAACGAUUUCAAUCACAUUCAAUGAGGGCAUAUAGGUCACGAUUUCAAAGAAUUUAUGACUUGUGCAUGGGCGAAGGUGGGUCAGCAUUCCCAGGGAUGGAGCAACUGACACAGUUUCCACAUUUACAGCAGUGGCUUGGACUUGCAGCAGCAGGUACUGUGACGCUUGCUCAGAUUGUUGAGUCCCCUGUUAUUCGUACUGCUACUUCAAUUCUUCCUCUUGGAUGGAGUGGUACUCCUGGUGAGAAGAAUGUACAACCCUUGAAAGUUGAUAUCACCGGUUUUGGAUUGCACCUUUGCACCCUGGUUCACGCUCAAGUGAAUGGUAACUGGUGUUCAACUACGGUAGAGUCAUUUCCUUCGGCACCCACCUACUCCUCCACUCAAGGCAAGCAGCCAGAAUUACAAAAGAUAAGGGUCCUUGUAGGAGCUCCGUUGAGAAGGCCACCAAUAGUGGCCGCAGCAGACUCCUUGAUGCCUCUAUUCUCUUCCAUCAAUUCUGAUGUCAAUCUCAAUGGGGAGCAUAGUUUUCAACACCAGGAAAAGGCCCUCCGUCCAGAAGCCUUACUUGAUUUUUCCAUAUUUUGCACGAGUGAUUUUACCACUGUUACAAAGGAGGUUCAUGUUAGAACGCGAAGAGUUCGAUUACUUGGACUGGAGGGUGCUGGUAAGACAUCGCUGUUCAAGGCCAUAAUGAAUAAAGGCAGAAUUACUGCAAUCACGAAUUCUGACAACAUGCUCAUGGAGGCUGAUGUUCAAGAGGGCAUUGCUGGGGGACUAUGCUAUUGUGAUUCGUCUGGUGUAAAUUUGCAGGAUCUGAAUAUGGAAGUUUCUCGAUUUAGGGACGAGCUGUGGGCAGGAAUUCGUGAUCUUAGUAGGAAAGUAGAUUUGAUAGUUCUUGUGCACAACCUCUCCCACAAGAUCCCCCUAUCUAUUAGUGAUUCAACCACAUUGCAGCAACAGCCUGUCCUUGGAUUUUUGUUAGAGGAGGCGAAAGCUCUUGGAAUACCAUGGGUUCUUGCCAUAACUAACAAAUUUUCAGUCAGUGCACACCAGCAGAAGGCAGCAAUUGAUGCUGUUCUGCAGGCAUACCAAGCCUCGCCAAGCUCCACAGAAGUUAUCAAUUCGUGUCCUUACGUGUUGUCUGGUGCUGGUGGAAGUGCUCCUCUCCCAUGGGCUGCGAUUGGUGGAGACUCUAGAGGGAAAGUGGGCGGUCAAAGGCUUUUCUUCUCCCCCAUCAAUCUUGUUCGUAGGCCGUUUCAGAGAAGAGAUACAGUGAUUCCCGUCGACGGUGUCAGCUCCCUCUGUCAGCUUGUCCAGCGUGUGCUACAAAGCAAUGAAGAGGCUGCUCUUGAGGAGCUGGCUCGAGAUAGGUUGUUGGCAGAGUUGGUGAGAGAGCAGGCAUUGGGGGCAAGUGGAGGAUCCGAGGCAAAGGAGUCGUCAAUGACAGCUGCGGCGGUGGGUGCUUCUGUGGGUGCUGGUCUUGGGUUAGUGUUAGCUGUGGUGAUGGGGGCUGCCUCUGCUCUCCGGAAGCCCUGA